CCGAGAUUGCUUCAAUUCAAGGCCGCACUACCUGCUUCAAAACAAAUAUUAAUGGCUGGAAGAAAAGCUAAGAAAGUGAAUCUUUCAGAGGAUUUGCGUUGCUUUGAGAACCCCUACCUGAGUGAUGCAGCUUGCAACCACCCUGGAGCAGCCGUGGGGAAGCUAUCUGCUGAGUUGGUGGCAAGGUUGGAGCACAACAUUGCUGCUAAUAUUGCAGCUAUUGAUGAUAAUUGCCUCAGUCAAUCAACCCGAGACCACACUGUAUACACUGGGACAGCUGGUAUAGCGUUGCUGCACUAUCAUCUGGCCCUCACUGUGUACAAGUCAGACCCACUGCCACAGCUGGAGAUAGCAGAGAGAUUGUUGGAGUCAGCAUUGGCAGCUCUGGAUGAUCGACGCUACACGUUCUUGUGUGGGGCCAGUGGUCCACUAGCUAUUGCUGCACUAGUUCAUCACAAGUUACAGCAUGCUAGCCUAUCAGGACAAUACAUAGCCGCAUUACAAGAUCUAUACUCAAAGGCUAAACCCAGCCUGUCUGAUCAUCCUAGUGAGCUACUGUAUGGUCAUGCUGGACUACUAUAUUCAAUGCUACUAGUUAACAAAACACUUCCUGGCUCAUUUGAAGACGCUGUGAUUGCUGAUCUGGUGGAGGCUAUUCUGAGUAGUGGUCUCUUGGGAAAGGAGGAAGCAUUCAACUGUCCAAUGAUGUUCACUUGGCACCAUCGCCAUUAUCUUGGAGCAGCGCAUGGCCUGGCUGGUAUCUUAACGCUGCUGUUACAAGUACCUGUGGAGAGGAUUCAACCUCGUAUACACUCUCUAGUGAAGCCAUGUGUGGACUUCCUGCUCUCUGUGAGAUAUCCCUCUGGUAAUCUACCCUCUUCCUUGGAGAGCAGUAAUCAUGAUGUAUUAGUACACUGGUGUCAUGGUGCUCCUGGGGCGGUCCAUCUGUUCGGCCUGGCUUACAAGGUGUUUGGGGAUGAGGUGUACCUAAAGGCUGCCCUGGACUGUGGAGAGGUGGUGUGGAGGAGAGGUCUACUCAGGAAGGGCUAUGGCCUGUGUCACGGUGUUGCAGGAAAUGCCUACACCUUUAUACAACUGUUCAAGGUGACGGGAGACAAGCAUCACUUGGAGAGGGUCAUUAAGUUCACAGAGUGGUGUUUGACAGCUAGUGAGAGAGCCACUCCUGACACACUCUUCUCCUUGUUUGAAGGGCUGGCUGGAACAACCUUAUUCUAUUGUGAUGUGCUGACCAGCCUCCACUCUGCUGUCUUCCCUACUCUGGAACUAUAAACACUAACUUUCACUUUUAGCUUUAAUUUCAAGCUCCAAUUCACAUGCAAUGUCCAUUGUAGUGAACAAUAAUUAUAAUG